ACCUGCAACUUGCAUUGCGUCAUCUUUGACCUAUCCAACUGAAUGGUAUCGUGGGACGUCUCGUAAUGUAACGUGCAAUAUGCGAUUAAUAGUGUUAAAUUUUUAAUAUAUGCGUUGAUAUCAUAUUGAAUAUAAGGGACUUUUAAAUCAUAGAAAAAAAUAAUAAAAAGAUGGCGCCGAAAAAUAAAGAAAACAACUCUGGUAACAAGAAAAAAAGACAAGUUUCUGAAGAAGAAGAUGAUGAAGAUUAUAGAAGGCGCCGUGAUAGAAAUAAUCAGGCUGUAAAACGAUCAAGAGUAAAAAGCAAAUUACGUACACAACAAACUCUGGAACGUGUAAACCAACUUAAAAGAGAAAAUGAGUUAUUGGAGGAAAAGAUAAAAAUGCUUACAAAAGAAUUAGGCUUCCUUAAGGACCUUUUCCUUGCCCAUGCUGGUUCCAGUCAACAUUCUAUGAAUUUUCAAGAUAUAGACCUGAAUGCUCUUCUAGCAGAAGAUACAAAACCUCUAGAAUUGCCUAAAACAACUGCUGAGCUUUAAUUCAAAUUUUUUGCCACGUGAAAGAAGUAACGUGGAUUUGAUAGAAUUUGAAGCAAAACGUACUUUAGCUCGUAUACUUCAAGUCCCAAGUUGGACAUCUUGGAAGGAUGCCAACUUCGAGUCCAUUCAAAAAAUUAUAAGAGCUGGACAACUUCUAUGUUGACUAUUAAGCAGCAUCAUUAAGAAGAUUAGAUAAAUGAUAUCAAAUAAAUGUUGAUUAAAAUGUAAGAAGAAUUAAGCACGAUAAAUGGCAUCAUAUAACAACAAGGAUGAAUGCAAAGUUGAUAUUUUAAGAUCGACAUAUACAGAUCAAAUUUGAUUACAUAAAACUCGAUUGAUGGAGAAAGUAUUUUCUCAACAAUUUCUCGGAGAAGAUAUAAUAAUUGUAAUAGUGGCCAUGAUUAAACAUGUGCUUUAAAAGUUAUGUACGAGAUUUUUCUGAAAAGUAUCUGAUCUAUGAGUAUAUUUUUGUAUUUAUAUAUGUAUUUGUAUGAAUACAAAUUAUACACAGGUUCACUUACAAACGUUUCCCCUAAAUGACGAAUACUCGUAAUAGCAUAUUUAGAUGCAAAAAUGUGCCCAUAGGUCGGAUACUUUCUAAACAAAUCUCGUAUACAAAAUAGAUUAUUGGAUAAAUUUUUAAAAGAGUGUAAUGAAAGGAUAGAGCGAAUAACGAAAAAGUAUUUCCAAUUAUUUCGUUCGAAUAAAUUCUAACGAUUUUAUAUUUUGAAUUUUGUAAAAUCGUUAGAUUCAUGAAAAAAUAAAAUAAAAUAAAACAUAAAUGAACAUUCCAAUAAUAAGGCAUGAACAUGCCUUUUAUAACUUUUUAUUUACAGAAAUUUUGAGGAAGUGUUCUGUAAACACUUUCAUUUAUUAAAAUAGAAUGCAAAUGGAACAAAUCAAUAUGUAACUCAUCAAUAAUAACAAAUUUUACCUUAUAUGUUUCAUAUGCUAAUUUGUAAUAGUGAGAGAGAAAGAGAGAGAGAGAGAGAGAGAGAGAGAGAGA